AUGGUGACCCCAGCACACAAUACGUCAGCUGACUUCAAUAUCACCACCUCAGAGCUGAAAAAUCUAAUGCAAUUUCGAAAGAAAGAAGCUGUGAACAAAAUAAAAGAAUUAUACGGCGACAUCUUUGAAAUCUGUAAAUAUCUGAAAACAUCUCCUACAAAUGGAAUAUCUUCAUCAGAAGUAGAGCUUAGGAAAUCUGUGUUUGGAGAGAACUUUAUACCCCCUAAAAAGCCCCUAACAUUUCUUGAACUGAUAUGGGAAGCACUGCAGGAUAUGACAUUAUGCAUCUUGGAAGUUGCAGCCCUGGUAUCAUUGGGACUUUCAUUUUAUCAUCCUUCAGGGGUAAAUCUUGCAGUAUGUCGUUUGGAAGAAUUUGAAGGAGAAGAAGAAGAAGGAAACACCGAAUGGAUUGAAGGUUCCGCUAUACUUCUAUCAGUUGUUUGUGUGGUGCUUGUAACAGCUUUCAAUGACUGGAGCAAGGAAAAACAAUUCAGAGGGCUGCAGAAUCGCAUUGACAAGGAGCAAAAAAUUACUGUCAUCAGGAGUGGGAAUGUAACACAGAUCCCAGUAGCUGACUUAGUGGUUGGGGAUGUUGUGCAAAUCAAAUACGGGGAUCUCCUACCAGCUGAUGGUCUGCUUCUCCAAGGCUAUGAUUUGAAACUAGAUGAAAGCUCCCUUACCGGGGAAUCUGAUCAAGUCAAGAAGACUUUAAGACAGGACCCUAUGCUGCUGUCAGGUACCCAUGUGAUGGAAGGCUCUGGAAAAAUGGUUGUUACAGCUGUUGGCAUUAACUCACAAACUGGCAUUAUCCUCACUUUACUUGGAGUUGGAGAACACGAGCAACCAAAAGAGACCAACAAGAAUGGUUCCCCUAAGAACAAAGAAGGGAAAAAGGUUGAAGAGAAGAAAACAGAGGAAACUGAGGAAAGCCACCCAAAAUUUACUGGGCACAAAAAAGAAAAAUCUGUCCUCCAGGGAAAACUGACCAGAUUAGCCGUGCAAAUUGGCAAAGCUGGGCUGGCAAUGUCUAUAAUCACCGUCACUGUUCUUAUAGCCUCUUUUUUCAUUCGAACAUUUGUGGUUGAGAAGCGCAUUUGGACUGUUGAAUGUACGCCUGUGUAUAUACAAUAUAUCGUGAAAUUCUUUAUCAUUGGCGUGACGAUUUUGGUUGUAGCCGUGCCUGAGGGCCUCCCACUUGCAGUAACCAUCUCCCUCGCCUAUUCUGUGAAGCAAAUGAUGAGAGAUAAUAAUUUGGUCCGGCAUCUGGAUGCCUGUGAAACUAUGGGCAACGCAACAGCCAUUUGCUCAGAUAAAACCGGGACUUUAACAAUGAACAGAAUGACAGUGGUUCAGAUUUUUAUUGGGGGUAAACAUUAUAAAAUUGUCCCUGCCCCUGUUUUAAUUCAUCCAGCGUUGUUGGCUUAUCUGCUGAAAGGUGUUUCUGUUAACUGUGCUUAUACGUCCAAGAUCCUGAAUCCUGAAGUAGAAGGAGGGCUGCCCCGUCAUAUUGGCAAUAAAACUGAAUGUGCCUUACUGGGCUUACUUAUAGAAUUAAAUCUGGAUUAUGAACUCAUGAGGACUAAGAUCCCAGAAGAAACAUUGUACAAAGUGUAUACCUUCAAUUCUGACAGGAAAUCUAUGAGCACAGUUUUGAAAAAUGCUGCUGGUGGUUAUCAGCUCUUCAGCAAAGGUGCUUCUGAAAUACUUCUUCAAAAAUGCACCAAAAUAUUGAACUCUGCUGCAGAGCGUGAACCUUUUUCCAGAAAGGAUAGGGAAAAUGUGAUUAAAAAUGUGAUUGCUCCGAUGGCUUCUGAGGGACUCCGAACCAUCUGUAUUGCUUUCAAAGAUUUUCCGGGUGGCCCUGAUUCAGAAGAACCAGUAUGGGACGAUGAGGACAAUGUUAUUAAGGAUUUAACUUGCAUUGCAAUUGUGGGCAUUGAAGAUCCAGUAAGACCCGAAGUUCCAGACGCAAUCAGGAAGUGUCAGAAUGCUGGCAUCGUUGUCCGUAUGGUCACUGGCGACAAUAUUAACACAGCACGGGCAAUCGCAGCCAAGUGUGGGAUUCUGCGGCCCGGGGAGACCUUUCUGUGUUUAGAGGGGAUUGAGUUUAAUCGAUUAAUUCGUAAUCAGAAUGGGGAGAUCAAACAAGAAUUGAUAGACAGGAUCUGGCCUACCCUAGCCGUGCUUGCAAGAUCCUCCCCAGCUGAUAAAUAUAACUUGGUGGAAGGGAUCAUUAACAGCAAUAUCACAGAGCAAAGACAAGUAGUAGCAGUCACUGGGGAUGGUACUAAUGAUGGGCCAGCAUUAAAAAAGGCCGAUGUUGGCUUUGCCAUGGGAAUUGCUGGAACAGAUGUAGCUAAGGAAGCUUCGGAUAUUAUUCUUACCGAUGACAAUUUUUCGAGUAUUGUAAAAGCAGUGAUGUGGGGUAGAAACGUGUAUGAUAGCAUUUCCAAAUUUCUUCAGUUUCAACUUACGGUCAAUGUAGUAGCUGUGAUAGUUGCUUUUACGGGUGCUUGCAUCACCCAGAAUUCCCCUCUGAAGGCAGUUCAGAUGCUGUGGGUUAAUCUCAUUAUGGAUACCUUUGCUUCUCUUGCUUUAGCCACAGAAAAGCCAACUGAAUCAUUGCUGAAACGGAAGCCUUACGGUAGAAAUAAACCACUCAUCUCCCGUAUAAUGAUGAAAAAUAUUUUCUUACAUGCCCUUUAUCAGCUUGUAGUGGUCUUCUCACUAUUGUUUGUAGGAGAACAAUUAUUUGAUAUUGAAAAUGGACGAACCUCAACCCUGCAGUCCCCACCCACCCAACACUACACCAUUAUAUUUAACACAUUUGUAAUGAUGCAAAUUUGUAAUGAAAUCAAUGCGCGAAAAAUUCACGGAGAACGGAAUGUUUUUUCGGGAAUAUUCAGAAAUAGCAUUUUUUGCGGUGUCACUCUGGGAACCUUGAUUGCACAAAUUCUAAUUGUUCAGUUUGGAGGGAAGCCCUUUAGUUGCACAGCACUUACCCUAGAGCAGUGGCUGUGGUCCCUCUUUUUUGGCCUGGGGUCCUUGGUAUGGGGACAAGUCAUCAUUAGUGUUCCUACCAGAUAUUUGUGGUUCCUGAAAGAAAUUGGAGAGCAGCCACUCAAAGAGGAGGAGAUAACAGGACAAGAAGUAACUGAAGUGAUUGACUUUGGCGAACAGGAACUGCGUCACAGCCAAAUUUUGUGGUGCAGGGGCUUAAGUAGAAUACAGGCUCAAUGCAGAGUAGUGAAUGCCUUUCGCUAUCCUGCCUAUAAAAGCCCACACUCAGCAAUGAGCAGUAAAACUAUCUGA